AAUAGUAUUAUUGUAAGUAUGAAUAAAAUAUUAAAGAAUAUAAAAAAGUUUUUCUUUUGGUGAAGAAAAAAAAAAUCUUUUGAAUCCUUAAUGACCACUUGAGCUGUCUACUAUAUAACUUUUAAUUUCAAUUUAAUGAUGUUAAUGGUCCUUGCUUGAAACAACUACAAAGAGAGGGGGAAGUAGAAGACUUUACUACGGUUGACAAAAUUAGGUAGAUAAAGAAGACUCCAGAGAAGAAGUUGAAAAAGGCAUAACCAAAGUCUAAAGUUACUGUUUUUGGGUAAUUUUUUCCACAAAUAGGAAGUUUGGAUCCACUUUUUGUGGACCAGAUCUGAUUAGCCAAGUUCCUGUCAUUAACGUUUUUACUCACCAACAGGUUGCAACACCUGAACUUGCAUCCCUUUUUUUGGACACCUUUUAGUUGAUUGAGGCAUGGGAAAUGGUCUCCUAAAAUCCACCAUUCACAUUCCAUUGUUGUUCUUUAUCUCAGAAGAAGGUCAUAGUUUCGUUGAACAAUGACAGGUUGUGUGAUUUUUGAGGGGUUGGACGGUAACCUUUUGUACUGCCAAGAUAGGGAUUUCGAUGGAGGAGAUGUCUCUGACGGUCGCGGUGCCAUUUAGAUUAGGUAAUUCUGUGCGUGAAAACUCCAACUUUGCUCACCGUAUGGACAUGACAAAACUUAAGCUUAUGGCAAAUCCUGCUGGAGUUUUAAUCGAUUCCGAAACCAAGGGUACUAACAAUUUAGAUUCUGCUGAAGAUGUGGAUUGUAACCGUGCUGAUAUGGAGAGAGAAGAAACUAGCACAGAGGUGCCACUGACAGAAGAGGUCAAGGGAGAAAGAGCUACUACCUUGGAUAUGAUGUCUGAUAGUAAAGAUAGUUGGAUUGCUAAUAAUGAUGUUAUAGCCCGUGAUAGCGAGGAGGAAGAUUCUUUGUCUCUGGAAGGUGAUCGUAUUUACGAUCUUGAUAGCUCUUGUUCACUAUCGGUUGCAAGUGAGACCAGUAGCCUUUGCGGAGAUGAUUUCGUUGGUUUUGAUGCUACGUCUGAGGUGGGAACAUCAAGUACUGUGGACAAGGAGAAGAGUAUUAGGAGUGUAGAUAUAAUUGCAAAAGCCACUAACUUUGUGGAUUCAAACGUUGAAAAAGUGUUUCCAGGUGAUCCCCUUGCUGUGGCAGUAAACCUUGAAGAAGAGAUUGGAGAUGGGUCUGAACAGAAGCCAUCUUCAGUUGUUCUUCAAUUGGCUCUUGAAAAGCAACGAAGUAUGUCAGCUCCAGCUGGACGCAGUGUGUUUGAGGUGGAAUAUGUGCCUCUUUGGGGAUUUACCUCUAUAUGCGGAAGAAGACCUGAGAUGGAAGAUGCAGUUGCGGCUGUGCCUCGGUUUUUAAAGGUUCCAAUUCAAUUUCUAAUUGGUGAUCAGAUACUUGAUGGCCUUAGUGCGGACUUUGCUCAUCAGACUGCUCACUUCUUUGGGGUCUAUGAUGGUCAUGGAGGUUCACAGGUUGCAAACUACUGUAGCGAGCGUCUUCAUUUUGCCUUGGCUCAGGAAAUAGAGUCUGUUAAGGAAUGCCAGAGUAAUGCAAGCAUAGCAGAUGGUUGCCAAGAGCUGUGGAAAAAGGCAUUCACAAAUUGUUUUGUUAAGGUUGAUGCUGAGAUUGUAGGAAAAUCUGAUCAGGAACCUGUUGCCCCUGAAACAGUUGGUUCCACUGCUGUUGUUGCCCUUAUUUUUUCUUCACAUAUAAUUGUAGCAAACUGUGGAGAUUCAAGAGCUGUUCUAUGUCGUGGGAAAGAGCCCAUGGCUUUAUCUGUGGACCAUAAACCAAAUCGAGAAGAUGAAUAUGAAAGGAUUGAAGCAGCUGGAGGAAAAGUUAUACAGUGGAAUGGUCAUAGAGUUUUUGGUGUUCUUGCUAUGUCGAGGUCCAUUGGUGAUAGAUAUUUGAAGCCAUGGAUCAUUCCUGAUCCGGAAGUAAUGUUCGUGCCAAGAGUGAAAGAAGACGAAUGCCUCAUUUUAGCCAGUGAUGGUCUAUGGGAUGUAAUGACAAAUGAAGAAGCAUGUGACCUAGCUCGGAGACGAAUACUUCAAUGGCACAAAAAGAAUGGUGCUACACUGGCUUCAGAAAGGGGCGAGACAAUUGAUCCGGCUGCUCAAUCUGCAGCAGAAUACCUUUCAAACCGGGCUCUUCAAAAAGGAAGCAAGGACAAUAUCACAGUACUUGUGGUUGAUCUGAAAGCUCAAAGAAAGUUCAAGAGUAAGACAUGAUGACCUCUCGACCAUCCUUCGAUCUUCAGUCUUACCGUAUGACAUAUAUUUAUAUGCUUCGAUAUAGUUUUUCCCAUUUGUUUUUCAAAGGGGAGGAGGCUUUAUGACGGUAUCAGUCUCUCAUGUACUAUAUAUAUAACAUGCACCAUUCUAGCAACGCUCCAUUGUUUCGAGAAUCUUGAUGUAAACCAUGCGAGGUUCUGGCUAUUGUAAAUCUUAACUGUGCUGUAGGAAAUAGGAGGUUAUGUUGAUUCGAAGCUAUUGACGCUGUGGGAAAUUGUAUUCAUGGAACCUCCGAGUUAAAAAAAAAAACACUCCGAGAGGUACAUGUUUUGUAUUAUUUCAACCCAUGGUGCUUAUAUAAAAGUUUAGAAAUUUGGAAGA